UGAACCUCUCCAUCACUUCUUUACAUUUCCUUUAGCUUGUUCAAUCAGCGUGCUGCCCACAGCAUUGUCGUCAUGCUUGCUGUCUUCACCUGCAACUUCCCACCGUCCUUAUCUUCUUGUUGACUAGGUCAACUGCCCACUGACUGCAGAUUCCUUCUGCCACAUUCGUUGCUCUGUUGUCCUCCGUCCAAAUUUCAACCUGCACCCUCCUUACGAUUUCAACUGAUGCUUAUCCGGCAAUCUGAAUCUUUUGACCCUGCAGCUACCCGUACCAGGCCUCUUUGAGCCUGGGUUUCCCAGUUCCCUCCACCUCGAACACCCAAUACUGCUGGACAACGCCGAGCCGCUGGUAAAGUCACCACAGUGACGAUAAAGUACCUACGUAUCUGCAGUGGUCACGUCCUCACACCCCCCAGCCGGAAGAACGACCUUUCUCAUCUGACGACAACAACAUGCGUCAGAGGAGAACAAGCGGUACCCUUCAGCCUCAUUUCCAGACGUCCUGCGACCGCAGUCCCGACCUGCCCUACCUGUCCCAUAUUCAUUGGCUACAAUAAUAGGGUGCUGGGCGAAUAGGCAUUUUUGCGCCGAUUCCUUAGUCCACCGCACCAGUACCAAGGUACCCAAAGCCCGCAGCCCCAUUUCGUUCUUUCCAACAGCUGUCCUGCUCAAUCUUUACGCAAAUCGCUCCUUCCUUCUGUAACAACAGCGCAUAGGCGCCUUUAAUAUUAAUCUCAUCGGCUCGCGCCAUAAAAUUAACGACUUCCACCUUCACCUGUACCAACACUCGAUACCCGACCACUACCGUUCAUUCAACACUGGAAAAGAAAAAGUCACUCGCUCUGGGCUGCGUACAAUCUCUCUCCGUUAUCAAUAUCCCUACGGGGGAAUACCACAAUCGAUCAAAGUUCAAUAUCAUUCUCAACUAAGGCCGGCUGUCUGAACCAUUUUGCGACUACGAGAAAUUCUGCGAGAAAGUGGUACUCGAGCCGAAACGAGGCGACAAGCCUCCGAAGCCUCGUACAAACACUGUUACGAGGAAUCAUAAUUCUGCGACGGAUUUGGUUGCAAGCGCUUAAUCAGAAGCUGGGCGGCAAAAGUGGCACGCCACAGGGGAUCCUCCUUUGUAUUCGUUGUGGAUGGCCUCCUCGGAAGUGGAUCAAAAGUUUCUUGGUUACUUUGCAAAAGUUAUUACUACAGAGAAUAAUUAUCUUUCAAGUUUUUUAUUCCGGGUGCUCGGUCUUUCAGUAAUCCUUGCCGAAAAGCUCCUCCAAGCUAGGAGAGCGAAGAGACUCGACGCCGUCCGCGACCCGAAGGCUAGACAUUUGAUCCACCAUAUUCUAUGGCUGGCCAGAGAAGGCCUUGUCAUGGUGGAGCAGUACGUGCUUCCCAUGGUGGGCAAUUAUGUCGAACUCCGGGUAUUGUCUUACAAACUCAAAGCGUCCUUCUACCACAUCUUUGUACUCUUCCACAACGACCCUCCAGUUAAUGAUCGAAUCAACCGGUCGAAAUCCGGCACAUUCUCCCUAUACCCGGACCCGCUAUCCCCCAAAUCCUCCUUGAAAACACCUACAACAGGUAUAUCUCCCACGAAUGGACGUCGACGGUCGCCUGCUAUCAGUCUUGGUGGUCCUGUCGGCGGAAGGGGGACUACAACCACCCGUACACCCCCUGGCCUUACUUUACCCGCGCACCCUUACACUAAUGGCUCGAAUAAUGGAAAUGGUACGGCAACUUUCCUCCUCCCUUUGCAGGACUACCGACCCUAUACGACGCAAGCAUUUAGGGACGCGAAUGAGUUGGCUGAGCGGCUGUUGCCUGGAUCUCACCCUGUGCGACUGUCCGUGAAAGUCGAGUACAUAGCAUACAUUUACGACUGUCUGCAUGAAGCAGAGGUGUCGCGGCGGCUGGCUCGCUUGGCCAUUCGACAUGUCUAUGAAGCACAGGAGGGCAUGGACGAUGAUUCGUUCGAGGAUGCUGCCGAAAUGGUUGGCAUCCUCGGACGCAUGAUGAAGCGCGGACUAGGUGGUGGUGGAAGCUCAGGAAGUCAGCAACAGACCCAGACACAAAGUAGAGAGCCUCCUGGUCCUGCCGCCGGUAGUGGUACAGAUAGAAGGCAUGUCUCUGGGUCACCGCCUAGGUCGCAGCAGCCGACGACAUGGGUGUAGAUUCAAUCAAACCUUGCGCG